AUGUUUAAAUUCAAACUUGGUCGUAAACAACCCGAAGAUAAUGAAGCACGCCGACGUCUUCAAAAAGAAUUAUUUAGCUUCAGUAAAAUAUGUGAUCGUGGCUUUCCUUCACAUCCAUCAGCUAUUGCCUAUGAUCCUCAAUUGAAAUUAAUCGCUAUCGGAACACAUGCAGGUGAAAUUCGAAUUUAUGGACAGCCAAAUUUUCAAGUAUCAUAUAAUCUUAAUAAUCCGUCAUCAAUACGAAAAAUAAUAUUUCUAAAUGGUAUCGCAAGAGUGCUUAUAUUAACAAGUGAUGGUUAUUUACAUUUACUCGAAAUAAAUAAUUUGAAUAGUAUACAUAUUGAUCAUAUAUGUACAUCAAAUGAGAAUAGUGAAAGCAUUUUAAAAGAUACUCAAACUUUAUGUCUAUUAAGAAAUAAUUUAAAUCUAUUGAUUGGCCUUCAAAAUGGAAAUAUCUAUUUAUUCAAUAUUGAAAAUUUUUCGCUUAAUACAAAGCCAAUCAUUCCAACUGAAACUAUUGAAAAAAUAAUUGUUGAAAAUUGUAGUGGACGUAUUAUUCAUCCGGGUUCUGUACAAUCUAUUGUACAACAUCCAAUCAAUGAUGAUAACGUCUUAAUCGGUUAUAAAAAUACACUUAUUGUUCAUUGGGAUUUACCAUCAAAUAGUCAUGAUAGAACUUAUAUUUAUAAACAAGAAGUCGAAUCGGUUUGUUGGUAUAAUCAAGGUAGAAAUUUUGCCACUUGCCACAGUAAUGGGAGUUAUGCAUUAUGGGAUGCUAAGCAACAAUUAAAUAUUGUUGAAACAGAAAAAAUUCCUUAUGGUCCAUAUCCAUGCACAUCAAUGACCAAAAUUAAUGUUAAAAUUAUGCGAAAUGGUGACCCUUUAAUAAUAUUUUCCGGUGGUUUACCUCGUUCAAGUUACUCUAAUAAACAUACUGUUAGUUGUUUAUGUGAAAAUGAGCACAAUAAUGAACGUACACGGCAUGUUACAUUCGAUUUUACAACAGGAAUUAUUGAUUUUUUUACUAUCGACAAAUUAUCAAGCGAUGGAUCUCGUGAUGAUCCUCAAUCACUUGUCAUUUUAUUAAAUGAAGAAAUCGUUAUGGUUGAUCUUCUAACUGAUAGUUGGCCAUCGUAUCAUUUACCCUAUUUGAAUAGUAUUCAUGCAUCACCCGUUAUAUGUACAACAUUUGCAUGUAAUGUUAAUCAAGAAUUUUAUAAAAAACUUAUUAACUAUGCUUCAGUACAAUUUGAAGAAAAUUCUGAUCAACAAUGGCCAAUAACAGGAGGGGAAAUUAAAAAAGUCAUCAAUGAUGAUUCACACGAGAAGAAUUUAUUACUCACAGGACAUGAAGAUGGAUCAGUACAAUUUUGGGAUGUGACUAAUAUUUCUAUGCCAUUGAUUUGUAAAUUAAAGACAAGUGAUUAUUUUCAAAUUGAACAAGCACCUAAUGAUGAUAUCGAUGAAGAAACAUGGCCACCAUUUCGAAAGACGGGUAUUUAUGAUCCAUAUUGUGAUGAUCCACGUCUUGCUAUACAAAAACUGGCAUUAUGUACGAAUACCGACACACUUAUUGCUGCUGGCACUGCUGGUCAAGUACUUACUUUUCAAUUUACAGCUGAACCUACUGAUGUAAAUCUACCAAUGACAACAGUCAAUCUAUUGGAUGGUUGUGAAAGUUUUGUCUGGAAGGGACACGAAGAAAUGAAAACUAAAUCAACAUUUGUAUCAUCUGGUUUUCUUCCUACAUCAUGUGUUCAACUUUAUCCACCAGCCGCUGUUUCAGCUUUAGCUUUAUGCUCGGAUAUUCAAUGUUAUGCUGUCGGUACAGCACAUGGCUUUGCAUUAAUUAAUUAUCAACAAAGCCGGAUUCUUACUGCUAAAUGUACACUUGAUCCAAAUAGUUUAGGACAUGCCUCAAAAGUACCUUCGUCAUUUGGUGAAUCAACAUUAAUUCGUGGUCGUUCAUUGAAAAAAUCUCUUCGUGAAUCUUUUCGACGUUUUCGUAAAGGACGAACAACAAAAAAAUCAACAAUGACGCCAACUACACCACGAGUCGAUGAAAGUCAUCCUCUAUCAGCAACAAAUAUGCACUUAGAACAAAUAACACGUGUACCUAUUGAACGACAAGUUGAAUUUCGAGAAUUUAAACAAAACGAUGAUCCAAUCGUCAGUAUGGUUCGUUGUCUUUAUUUUGCUAAAACAUACCUUAAUAGUCUUCAUGAUCGAACUCGUUCGCUUUGGGCUGGUACAAACAGUGGCCAUGUUUAUGUUUAUUCUAUCAUUGGUUUUGAAUCUCAAACACUAAAUAGAACUACAAUAACAACGGAUCAAACAAGUAGUUGCUCAUUAGCUAAAGAAAUUCGAUUAAAACAUAAAGCGCCUGUAUUAAGUAUUAUUGUACUUGAUGGUUUGAAUCAAUCGAUAGGACAAGGCUCAAAUAUUCCACCAAUAGAUUCAAAAUUGUUAACUGCAGAAAUUCCGAUUCAAACCACACCAACACACUCAGAAAAUGUAACAUCACAUAAAGUACUUAUCUGCUCUGAAGAACAAUUUAAAAUAUUUACAUUACCGCAUUUAAAACCGUCGGGAAAAUUUAAAUUAACAGCAACAGAAGGUACACGUGUGCGAAAAAUUAAUAUCAAUCAAUUUUCAUCAAAAACAGAUAAUCCAGAUGAAUCUCAUUCUGAAUAUUGCCUUACUUGUUUGGAUAAUAUGGGUCACAUUAGUAUUUAUUCAUUACCAACAUUUCGUCGUCAAAUAUUAUUUAAUUGUGUAAAACCAACUGAUAUAACAGCAUUAUCAAGUUUACAAUUUACACCCUAUGCACAUGCCUUUUAUUUACAAUCAUCAUCUGAAUUUACUGAAGUAACAUUUUCAUUAAAAAAUAGCUCACCUUGUUCCAUGAUGAUUUCCUAUGAUAAACUGCAACGUAAAACAAUAUUACGGUCAAAUGAAGAUCAAUCGAGCCAACAAAUCAGUUCGAAAAGAGAUGAAUCUCACGAUCACGUAGAAGAAUUGACACAUGAAAUAUUAUCAAAAGAUUCCAUUUUCUCAUCAACACCAAAAACUAUUGAUAAUAAAAAUGAAUAUGAAGAACCUGAAUCAAUAACAAUAAUAAAAUCGAAUCCAAAUGAAAACAACAGUGGUCUUAGUACAAAUUCGGAUUCAGCUAUUGAUAUAAAUUCAAUGAAUAUUACAAAUAAUCAACCGUCAAAUGAUGAAGUUUUGAAACCGGUUGAACAUGAUCCACCUUCAUUUCAAUCAACUCCAUUAAAAGUUGCCACUGAACCCUCAAUAACAGUUUCACAAAAUGGUGAUCAUGCAUCAAUUUCACCAGUCCUAUCAAAAUCAAGUAAAAAAGCUGCUCCACCACCACCACCACCACCAAAACCGGCUAAAUUAAUUUCGGCAAAAGUUCGCCAAGCACCAACCAUAAAUGAAGUUCAUUGCUACAAUGGUAAAAAUAAUAAAUCAUCAUCACCAUCUCAACAGACACCUGCCAUACAUACUUAA